UUAAAAUUCGGGUUACGAUAUGAAUGGUGAAUCUCUCAUGAUGGACCAUCUGUAACUGACAGUGAAAUACAUAUAGCCUAUAUUGUUUUCUUUACAACUUGCUACACACAAGCAAAAGUCAUAGAGGUGCACUACCAGAUCAACAUGUCACGCUACCUGAGAUUCUUCACAGUCGUUGGAGACCAGGAUCAGGGUGACACUGCGUGGCAGAAUGAAGAGCUCCAUGAGGCCAGUGAAGACCUGGAGCCGGCUACCGGGCAGCAGCUGGCGCGCAUCACUUUUAGAGAUGCCCUAUGCCGACUCUACAGCUCCGAGAGAUUUCAGAUUGUUGUGGUCUGUAUGGUUAUUCUGGAUGCUGUGUUUGUACUCUGUGAGCUUCUUAUGGAUUUGUCCAUAAUACAAGCUGACGCUGGCCAUAUUGCCCCACAGGUCUUCCACUACCUCAGCCUGGCCGUGCUCACCUUCUUCAUGGUGGAGCUAGCGGGGAAGAUGUAUGCCUAUCGUUUGGACUUCUUCAAGCACAAGUUUGAGGUGUUUGAUGGAAUGGUGGUGGUGGUGUCCUUCAUCCUGGACAUUGUGUACAUCUCCAGAGAGGAUGCCUUCGAUGGCAUGGGAUUGCUGAUUCUGCUCAGGCUGUGGAGGGUGGGCAGGAUUGUCAAUGGUGUCCUGAUGUCUGUGAAGAAUCGUGCGAAUAACAAAAUCCAGAAACUGAAGGACAGUAACAGUCACCUCAUUCAGAGAGUCAAUGAGCUACAGGACAAAAAUACAAAGAUGGAACAAGAGAAUUCUCAACUACGCUCACUUUUGCAGCAACACAGAAUCCAGUUUUGAUGUUUCCAGAAGCAAAAAUAAUGGAUCUAUGAUACUAUGAAGCAACAGAUUUUUGCACUUGAUGCUUUUGCUUUUGCUAAGCAUGUGACAAAGGGAGACUAUUUACACGAUCAAUGUAGAAAUCAAAUGUAUUUAUAUAACAGUGCCAUCAAAUAAUGGUGUUUUUCAUGAAAAUAUACAGUGAUGAAUCAGUGAGCUUACAAGUCUGCAGUCUGUACAGAAUCAAAUUAUGUUUGAUGCAAUUCCUAAACAAUAGUGUAUUUUCUUUUGAACUUAUUUUGUUCAAAUUGAUUUUACAUUUAACUUCCUUACAAACACAAGGACAUUCUUAACCCACUGGGCGUUGAGAUUUGUUUAUGAACUCUAC